ACUUAAAGACGGAUUUCUACCAGACAAGUUACAGCAUCGAUGAGCAAUCACAGCAGUCCUAUGAUUCUGGAGGAAGUGGAGGACCUUAUAGCAAACAAUAUGCUGACUACAACUACUCACAGCAAGGCCAGUUUGUACCUCCAGACAUGAUGCAGCCACAACAGCCAUAUACUGGGCAGAUUUUCCAGCCAACUCAGGCAUAUACUCCAGCUAUACCUCAGCCAGUCUAUGGAAACAGCUUUGAGGAUGAGCCACCUUUAUUAGAAGAAUUAGGUAUCAAUUUUGACCACAUCUGGCACAAAACACUAACAGUGUUACAUCCAUUAAAAGUAGUAGAUGGCAGCAUCAUGAAUGAAACCGAUUUGGCAGGACCAAUGGUUUUUUGCCUUGCCUUUGGAGCCACAUUGUUACUGGCUGGCAAAAUCCAGUUUGGCUAUGUAUAUGGGAUCAGUGCAAUUGGAUGUCUAGGAAUGUUUUGUUUAUUAAACUUAAUGUGUAUGACAGGUGUUUCAUUUGGUUGUGUGGCAAGUGUCCUUGGAUACUGUCUUCUUCCCAUGAUCCUACUUUCCAGCUUUGCAGUGAUAUUUUCAUUACAAGGAAUGUUAGGAAUCAUUCUCACUGCUGGGAUUAUUGGAUGGGGUAGGUUUUUUGCUUCCAAAAUCUUUAUUUCUGCAUUAGCCAUGGAAGGACAGCAGCUUUUAGUAGCAUAUCCUUGUGCUUUGUUAUAUGGAGUCUUUGCCCUAAUUUCUGUAUUUUGAACUGCAUUUAUCUGGGAUGUGGACAUACACAAAAGGACCUUGAACUCUUAAAUAGGACCAGCAAACUGCUGCAGUGCAACUCUCAUGCAGAUAUACAUUUGACCCUCGGAACAGUGGAAGUAAACAUGUAUCUUUUGUUCAUUUUUAUAGAACUUUUGAAUACUAUAUUGGAUUUAUCUGAAGUGUAAUUAGCUUUAAGUAUUUCUGUUUAUACAGAUAAGAAAUGCUAUUUCUUUCCUAUUCCUGCAGCCUUUGAAAAACAGAUUUUUUCUUUGCAAAUUAUAUUAUGAUGUUUUUUAAUAGAUUUUUACCAACUGUGUGAGACCAACCACAAAGCUGAUAAUCUUUCUUAAAAACUAGUCA